AUGUACAAAAGGGCAUGUUGUGCCGCCUUUUUCUAUUUCCCUGUUGUAUUUGUCUGUAUCCUCCUCUUCCGAUAUACAAAGCUCUUUUUGCCCCUGUCGCAGUCUACCGCCUUUUUUCGCAUUAACUUUUCUCCGCCAUACUGUUCUGCUCUGGAGGCUGUAGCUGCUGCUACAUCUGCGUGGGCGCUAAGGUGGCAAAUGCAGCCGGUAAGGACGUCCGUCCGAAACUUUAUAGCUAGUGGUUUCCCUUCCAAGAAACUACGUUAUGCACGCCUGGUGGACGUUGAGGAGUGCGCUUCCCGACCACAGUUCCAGAAGCUGUUGCAAAGCUACCUUUCAGAUUUUUUCGCCAAGUCGCAUGAGAAUGGAAGCACAGGUUCAUCGCCGUGGUUCACCGCCGUGCCGCCGAGCCUCCGCAACAGUGUGGAGGAGACGGUGAACUAUCUGGGCAUGUUGGUUGCAAUAGACUUCAGGCACUGGGGGGAGGAUCCCCCCGACGCCACCCCUACGGGAUCUCGCGUAGAGAAUAUCUGCGGCUUCUACGCCGAGUUACCCGAAGGCAGCGCAGAAACAAGCGGCUCGGUAAGUUACGGGGGAAAACGGCUGAUUCGUGGUUCUAUGGCGAUGGUUCAUCUACUGUGCAGGGCAGUGGAGGUUUACCAUUUGAAUUGGCAUUGUCCACAAUUCCUGCAACAGUUCGCAACCACUGAAGACGCUAUGGAGGCGCUGGAACGCUGCUUCCUUGGCUACAGGGAGGAUGGACACACAUCCAUGUGGAUGCCCGCUGCCAGGGAACGCGUUGAGUUGCUCUUGUCGCUUUCCCGCAGUCUAGUGGAAAAGGACACCUCCUUUUUCAAAAUGCUGUGCCUCAGCGAGGGUUAUUUGUACCACCCCAUAUUCCCGCACUUGGGGUUUGUCGAAAUGUUGGUUGAGCUGCACCCCCGCUACUACGAUGUCUGUGUGCUAAGGGGUGAAGUUGGCGGUGGCAAGGACUCAGACCAGGGCGACGAGAUUGUAAUACCAAUGCUUAAAUUAGCUCAGCUCACCGUUAUGGCCAUUGAGGAGGCGGUGUCGGCGAUGGAUACUGUGGCUGCUAACACGCCAAAUGUUACCGAGGCUCCCUUUCCUUUUAGUGGGGCUCAUGGUGUCUUUAAGGACAAGCACCAUCUUACUGUGUGUUGCGACUACCAAUUGCCGAAAGCCCUUCGUUCUCUCGGUUUAGUGGAGUAUGACUCAUACUUGGCGUCAUUAGUGGACACUGGUGUUUUAUUAGCGGCUGGGGGUGUGGAGGAGUGUUGCAUCCGCGUUGCUGCACUUGUAGCAUCAGACUUACUGUUGGACUACCUUCGUAGUUCCUGUGCUUGCACCACUGGUAGGGAAUGGAGGCCGGAGAGUACGUCGAGAGUCUGGGAUGCGCCCGCACUUGACUGUAUGCUCUGGUGGAUUGGUAGACAUUACGUCGAUUCCGCUGUUAAACACCACUUAUGCCGCACCAUUAUGUACUAG